AUGGGAAACUCGUACGCUGGACAGCUGAAGACCACGCGGUUCGAGGAGGUCCUGCACAACUCCAUCGAGGCCUCCCUGCGCUCCAACAGCCUGGUACCCAGGCCCAUCUUCUCCCAGUUGUACCUGGAAGCAGAGCAGCAGCUUUCCGCUCUAGAAGGUGGAAGCCGAGUGGACAAUGAAGAAGAGGAAGAGGAAGGGGACGGGGGGCUGGAACAGAACUGUCCCCCAAACCCCUACCAGAUGCAUCCCCCGCCUGAAGGAUGCUGCACCACGGACGGGUUUUGCCAGGCCGGGAAGGACCUGCGUCUGGUCUCCAUCUCCAGUGAGCCCAUCGACGUCCCCGUGGGCUUCCUCCUGGUGGGCGCCAAGUCCCCCAGCCUGCCCGACCAUCUCCUGGUGUGUGCCGUGGACAAGAGGUUCCUGCCGGAUGGCAACGGGCACAACGCCCUUCUCGGUUUCUCUGGGAAUUGUGUGGGCUGUGGCAAGAAGGGCUUCUGUUACUUCACGGAAUUCUCUAAUCACAUCAACCUGAAGCUGACCACGCAGCCCAAGAAGCAGAAACACUUGAAGUACUACCUGGUCCGCAAUGCCCAGGGGGCUCUGACCAAAGGACCUCUCAUUUGCUGGAAAGGCUCAGAGUUCAGAAGCCGGCAGGCGUCCGUGGGUGCGUGCUCCAGCUCUCUGUUCCCGCCGCUGGACAGCUCUGGGCCGCCGGCCCCCUUCCCCGGCGAGCCUGGUCCUGGGACAACCCCGAGCGCCCCGCUGGGAGCCCCGCAGGCAGGACCAGCCCCCGAUCACUCCACCCUAACUGCUGCCCUGGGUCCAGCUGUUUUCAACGGCAAAGAUUCCCCGAAGCACCAGCCGCUGGUGAAGAAUCGCCUGUCUGCAGUGCCGCGCCCCUCGGCCUUAGGUAUCUUAUCAAACUCCGGCCCCCCCAAAAAACGCCACAAAGGCUGGUCUCCAGAAUCUCCAUCAGCUUCGGACGGUGGCUACCCCCAGGGAGCGGGGACCAGAGCCAAGUAUGAAAGCGCAGGUGUGACCUGCAUGCCCCAGGUUGGCUUGGUGGGACCAGCUUCAGUCACCUUUCCCGUUGUGGCCUCCGGAGAACCAGUGUCCGUUCCCGACAACUUGUUGAAGAUAUGCAAGGCCAAGCCAGUGAUCUUUAAAGGCAAGUACAGCAGCCACGGGAACUUCCCCUACCUCUGCGGCAACCUGAAUGACGUGGUCGUAAGCCCCCUGUUGUACACGUGCUACCAGAACUCGCAGUCCAUCUCCAGAGCCUACGAGCAGUACGGGGCCUCCACCAUUCAGCCCAUCUCGGAGGAGAUGCAGCUCCUGCUGACCGUCUACUAUCUCGUUCAGCUGGCGGCGGACCAGGUGCCCCUGAUGGAGGACCUGGAGCAGAUCUUCCUGCGCUCGUGGCGCGAAUCGCAUCUGACGGAGAUCCGGCAGUACCAGCAGGCGCCGCCCCAGCCCUUCCCACCCGUGCCAGGCACCGUGGCCCCUGUGACCUCUGCGCAGUUGCCCUGGCUGGCCGGCUUGGCUGCCAGCUCCUGCAAUGACAGCGUGCACAUCAUUGAGUGCACCUACUCUCUGGCCGAGGGCCUCUCCGAGAUGUUCCGCCUGCUGAUCGAGGGCAAGCUGGCCAAGACCAACUACGUGGUGAUCAUCUGUGCCUGCCGGAGCACCGCCAUUGACUCCUGCAUUGCCGUCACCGGAAAAUACCAAGCCCGCAUUCUUUCUGAGAGCCUUCUCACCCCAGCCGAGUACCAGAAAGAAGUCAAUUAUGAGCUGGUUACCGGGAAGGUGGACUCACUAGGGGCCUUUUUUAGCAGCCUCUGUCCAGAAGGCGACAUUGACAUUUUGCUGGACAAAUUCCAUCAGGAAAAUCAAGGCCUUGUUUCUUCCUCACUUACUGCUUCCUCUAUCACCAAGUCAGUGUCCCUGGAUGUCAGCGGGGCACCUGCGUGCACAAGUUACCAUCUGGAGCCCCACCGCAUCCGGCCCUUCCAGCUGGCUGUGGCCCAGAAGCUCCUCUCCCACGUGUGUUCAAUCGCCGAUUCCAGCACCCAGAAUCUGGACUUGGGAUCCUUUGAGAAGGUGGACUUUCUGAUUUGUAUUCCGCCCUCAGAAGUGACUUACCAGCAGACCCUCUUCCAUGUCUGGCAUUCAGGGGUUUUGCUGGAGCUGGGCUUGGAGAAGGAGCACGUGACCAGGCAGAGGGUGGAGCAGUAUGUUCUAAAGCUCGAUGCUGAAGCGCAGACGAAGUUCAAGUCCUUCCUGCAAAACUCCUUUCAGAAUCCGCACACACUCUUCGUCCUCAUCCACGACCACGCCCACUGGGAUCUCGUGAGUAGCGCUGUUCAUAACCUCUACUCCCAAAGUGACCCAUCUGUGGGGCUGGUGGACAGAUUGCUCAACUGCAAGGAGGUGAAGGAGGCCCCCAACAUCGUGACGCUCCACGUGACCUCCUUCCCCUACGCACUGCAGACGCAGCACACCCUCGUCAGCCCCUACAACGAGAUCCACUGGCCGGCCUCCUACAGUGACGGUGUGGACUUGUAUCCUGAGAACAAGAAGUACUUCGGGCUGUCUGAGUUCAUCGAGUCCACACUCUCAGGACACAGCCUCCCAUUGCUGAGAUAUGACAGCUCCUUUGAGGCCAUGGUCACCGCACUGGGAAAAAGGUUCCCCCGCCUGCACAGCGCGGUGAUCAGGACCUUUGUUCUCGUGCAGCACUAUGCAGCCGCCAUGAUGGCCGUGAGCGGCCUCUCGCAGAUGAAGAACUACACGUCUGUGGAGACGCUGGAGAUCACACAGAACCUCAUCAACUCCCCGAAGCAGUGCCCCUGCGGCCACGGGCUCAUGGUCCUGCUGCGGGUGCCCUGCUCCCCACUGGCGGCCGUGGCCUAUGAGCGGCUGGCCCACGUGCGGGCACGUCUGGCACUGGAGGAGCACUUUGAGAUCAUCCUGGGGAACCCCGCCUCGGGCAUCACCAUAGGAAAGCACUUCCUCAAGCAGCUCAAGGUGUGGCAGAACAUAGAGGAUGCAGAGUGGCGGCCUCAGACGUACUUGGAGUUGGAGGGCCUGCCUUGCAUCCUGAUCUUCAGUGGGAUGGACCCACACGGGGAGUCCUUACCAAGGUCCCUGCGGUACUGUGACUUGCGGCUCAUAAACUCCUCCUGCCUGGUGAGGACGGCCCUGGAGCAGGAGCUGGGCCUGGCCGCAUACUUUGUGAGCAGUGAGGCUCCCCUGGAGAAGGGCGCCCGGACUGAGGCCUUGGAGAGUGAUGGGGAGAAGCUGAGCAGCACAGACAACGAGGACGAAGAACUGGUGACAGAAGGCUCCAUGUCAGAGAAGCGGAGCCCUGUGAAGAGAGAACGAUCCCGCUCCCAUGACUCCGCGUCUUCAUCCCUCUCCUCUAAGGCAUCCAGCUCAGCACCAUGCGGCGAAUCCUCAGCCGGACCCUCGCAGGGGGAGCGGGCCCGGUCCCCACCGCCCUGUGGCCCCUCGGAGGAGGCCAGGGCCCCCGGGGAGAGACAGAGGCUCCGGGCAGCGGGGGGGCCACCAUCGGUCAUCAGCAGGCACAGCCCGGGGCUGACCCCACAGCCGGAUCCCAGCCUCAAGAGCGGCCAGCGGGGCGUCCAGGUGUCAGCCCCGUCAGCAUCCUCCUCGGGCUCGGCCUCCUCACCGGCGCUACCCGCCGCCGGCCCACUCGUCCUGCAGGCCUCCCAGUGCUCCAUGACCAAGUCCUGCCGGCAGCCGCCCGUGGUCUUCCUGCCCAAGCUGGUGUACGACAUGGUCACGUCCACGGACGGCAGUGGCCUGCCCAAGGCCGCCUCGCUCCUGCCCUCGCACUCGGUCAUGUGGGCCAGCUCCUUCCGGCCCCUGCUCAGCAAGACCAUGACGUCCACGGAGCAGUCACUCUACUACCGCCAGUGGACAGUGCCCCGACCCGGCCACAUGGACUACGGCAACCGUGCCGAGGGCCGCGUGGACGGCUUCCACCCGCGCCGGCUUUUGCUUAGCGGGCCACCCCAGAUCGGGAAGACAGGCGCCUACCUGCAGUUCCUCAGCAUUUUGUCCAGAAUGCUCAUUCGGCUGACGGAAGUGGAUGUUUAUGAUGAGGAAGAGAUCAACAUCAACCUCAGAGAAGAUUCGGAUUGGCAUUACCUCCAGCUUAGUGACCCCUGGCCGGACCUGGAGCUGUUCAAGAAGUUGCCUUUUGACUACAUUAUUCACGAUCCGAAGUAUGAGGACGCCAGUCUGAUCUGCUCACACCAUCAGAGUGUAAAGAGCGAAGACAGAGGGACGCACCGGAAGCCGGAGGACUUGUACAUGCGACGCCAGACGGCGAGGAUGAGACUGUCCAAGUUCGCAGCGUACAACACCUACCAUCACUGUGAGCAGUGCCACCAGUACAUGGGCUUCCACCCCCGCUACCAGCUCUAUGAGUCCACCCUGCACGCCUUUGCCUUCUCUUACUCCAUGCUAGGAGAGGAAAUCCAGCUCCACUUCAUCAUCCCCAAGUCCAAGGAGCACCACUUUGUCUUCAGCCAACCUGGAGGCCAGCUGGAGAGCAUGCGACUGCCCCUCGUCACAGACAAGAGUCACGAAUACAUAAAGAGCCCGACGUUCACUCCCACAACUGGCCGUCACGAGCACGGACUCUUUAACCUGUACCACGCGAUGGACGGUGCCAGCCACCUGCACGUGCUGGUUGUCAAGGAGUACGAGAUGGCGAUUUACAAGAAAUACUGGCCCAACCAUAUCAUGCUGGUCCUCCCCAGCAUCUUCAACAGCGCUGGAGUUGGCGCCGCCCACUUCCUGAUCAAGGAGCUGUCUUACCACAACCUGGAGCUGGAGCGGAACCGUCAGGAGGAGCUGGGAAUCAAGCCGCAGGACAUCUGGCCUUUCAUUGUGAUUUCUGAUGACUCCUGUGUGAUGUGGAAUGUGGUGGACAUCGACGGUGGGGGUGAGAGAAGCAGAGAAUUUUCCUGGUCGGAGAGAAAUGUGUCCUUGAAGCACAUCAUGCAGCACAUCGAGGCGUCCCCCAACAUCACCCACUAUGCCCUGAUCGGCAUGCGGAAGUGGUCCAGCAAGACCGGGAGCCGUGAGGUGCGCGAGCCCUUCUCCCGAUGCCAUGUGCACGACUUCAUCGUCCUGAACGUGGACUUGACCCAGAAUGUGCAGUACAACCAGAACCGGUUCAUGUGUGACGACGUGGACUUCAACCUGAGGGUGCACAGCGCGGGCCUCCUGCUCUGCCGGUUCAACCGCUUCAGCGUGAUGAAGAAGCAGAUCGCGGUGGGUGGGCACAGGUCCUUCCACAUCACGUCCAAGGUGUCGGACAGCCCCAUGGCCGUCGUGCCCGCCCAGUACAUCUGCGCCCCCGACAGUAAGCACACGUUCCUCGCGGCCCCCGCGCAGCUCCUCCUGGAGAAGUUCCUCCAGCACCACAGCCACCGCUUCUUCCCGCUGUCCCUGAAGAAUCCCGGCCACCCUGUGCUGUCCGUGGACUGCUACCUGAACCUGGGGUCUCAGAUCUCUGUGUGUUAUGUGAGCUCCAGGCCCCACUCUUUAAACAUCAGCUGCUCUGACUUCGUGUUCAGUGGACUCCUGCUGUACCUCUGUGACUCUUUUGUGGGAGCUAGCUUUUUGAAAAAGUUUCACUUUCUGAAAGGUGCCACCUUGUGUGUGAUCUGUCAGGACCGCAACUCGCUCCGCCAGACAGUCGUCCGCCUGGAGCUGGAAGACGAGUGGCAGUUUCGGCUGCGAGACGAAUUCCAGACGGCCAACGCCAAGGAGGACCGGCCGCUCUUCUUCCUGACCGGACGGCACAUCUGA